AUGGCGAUGUGUCGAUUUGACGAAGUUAUGAAUAUUUACAAAUUCAUUACUGCGUUCUCUUUUAUACCCAAUUCGAUGGCAGAUGUCAAAGUCUUCGGUGAAGUGUCUUUUGAUAUAAGAAUACUAAAUAUUGAUAGGCCUUCGGAUGCAAGCGGUGGGAAAUUGGAAGUCGUAAUAAGAAGUAAUGGUAACAACGAUACAGUAGAUGAAUCAGACAGUAAGGAUACUGAAACUGUGGUGCGAGCUAAUGAUUUGAGGGUAACUGCGCCUGCGAUUGUUGAAUGUCAAUAUCAGUACCCGGAAAAGGAGCAAGUCAAUGCUAUACUUAGUGAUAUGAUGAAUCAGUUGACGAAGUUAUUUGUUAAAGCACAUGACGUGCUGAAAGGGGGCUUACCUCGUCGUUCCCCUACAAGGUUUCGAGUGGUCGACAAACUGGACUCCAGCUUUUUCGAGAAAGCAUUCAAACAAAUGGCUAGUGAAUUCAGAUACCUUCUCAAUAAUACCAUCCCUGUGGCAAACCACACGGGAGACCCUUGUCAGAAGCAGGAACAACUAAAGAAGAUGUGGCAGAGUUUACUCAACCUCUCCCAAGAGGUUCUAAGUCGCGCCAGCAUGAGCUGCUUACAAGAGUUUCUCCGCACCAGGAACAGAGCUGAUGACUCACAGACUAAGAGCAAGCUGGACCAACUGGCCACACGAGAAUUGAACAAGAUGCGGUCCAAUCUUUUGGACAAACUGUGCGAUGACUUUCAAAUGUGUUACAAUGAUCUUUUGUGA